GGGGCUGUGCUGCGGCCCGGCGCUGUUGCUGCUGGGAAACCACCCGUUAGUGUUGUCGGCGUCUCUGCCGCCUCAUGGCGGCCAUCGGGGUUCACCUGGGCUGCACAUCAGCUUGUGUGGCCGUCUAUAAGGAUGGCCGGGCUGAUGUGGUUGCAAAUGAUGCAGGCGACAGAGUUACUCCAGCCAUUGUUGCUUACUCAAAACAUGAAGAGGUUGUUGGAUUGGCAGCAAAACAAAGUAGAAUAAGGAAUAUUUCAAACACAGUAAUGAAAGUCAAGCAGAUCCUUGGCAGAAGAUACACGGUGGUUCCAGGUCUCAGCCUUGGAAGCAUCCUGCCUUUUGUGGAGAAGCCAGUCCCCUUGUUGCCAAGCCACUCUGAUGAUCCUCAGUCUCAGAAAUACAUCACGGAAAGUAAAUGUUUAGUCAUUGAAAAAAAUGGGAAGUUACGAUAUGAAAUAGAUACUGGAGAAGAAAAGAAAUUUGUCAGCCCAGAAGAUGUUGCCAGACUGAUAUUUAGUAAAAUGAAAGAAACGGCACAUUCUGUCUUGGGCUCAGAUGCCAAUGAUGUAGUCAUUACUGUUCCCUUUGAUUUUGGAGAAAAGCAAAAAAGUGCUCUUGGGGAAGCAGCCCGAGCUGCUGGGUUUAAUGUUUUGCGGUUAAUCCAUGAACCAUCUGCAGCUCUUUUGGCUUAUGGAAUUGGACAAGACUCCCCCACUGGAAAAAGCAACAUUUUGGUGUUCAAACUUGGAGGAACAUCCUUAUCUAUCAGUGUCAUGGAAGUUAACAGUGGAAUAUACCGUGUUCUUUCAACAAACACUGAUAAUAACAUUGGAGGUACCCACUUCACAGAAACCUUAGCACAGUACCUAGCCUCUGAGUUUCAGAGAUCCUUCAGACAUGAUGUGAGAGGAAAUGCCCGCGCCAUGAUGAAGCUAAUGAACGGUGCUGACACUGCAAAACAUUCUUUGUCAACCUUGGGAAGCGCCAAUUGCUUCCUUGACUCAUUGUAUGAAGGUCAGGAUUUUGACUGCAAUGUGUCCAGAGCAAGAUUUGAACUUCUGUGUUCUCCACUUUUUAAUAAAUGUAUAGAAGCAAUCAGAGAAGUCUUAGAACAAAGUGGAUUUACAGCAGAUGAUAUCAACAAGGUUGUCCUUUGUGGAGGGUCUUCUCGAAUCCCAAGGCUACAGCAAAUGAUUAGAGAUCUUUUCCCAGCUGUUGAGCUUCUCAAUUCCAUUCCUCCUGAUGAGGUCAUCCCUAUUGGUGCAGCUAUAGAAGCAGGAAUCCUUAUUGGGAAAGAAAGCCUUUCUGUGGAAGAUGCUCUUCAGAUAGAGUGUUCAGCCAAGGAUAUUUUAGUUAAGGGAGUUGAUGAAUCAGGAGCCAACAGCUUCAAAGUACUGUUUCCAUCAGGGACUCCUUUGCCAGCUCGAAGACAACACACAUUACAGGCUCCUGGAAGUAUAUCCUCAGUGUGUCUUGAACUCUAUGAGUCUGAGGGGAAAAACUCUGCAAAAGUAGAAAACAAGUUUGCACAGAGAAGAAACAAGCUAUUUCAAUUUGAAAGAGGAAAACGAAAACGAAGUACAGUUGUGUUUCUACUGCUUCUCUUUGUGCUCUCUACCCUCCUUGACAAUCAGGUUGUGCUCCAAGAUUUAGAUAAAAAAGAAAAUGGAUUACGUGAUAUAUUAGCUGUUCUUACUAUGAAAAGGGAUGGAUCUUUACACGUGACGUGCACAGAUCAAGAAACUGGAAAAUGUGAGGCAAUUACUAUAGAGGUGGCAUCUUAGUAUUUUAGAGGAACCAU